AUGCCCCUGCGCCAGUGUGAAACCGUUAUGAGAAAUCUCGCCAAUAAUGUUCGAAUUCACUAUCUAAGAAGAUGGUUUUCUUCGUCCGGCUCCUCCCUACCAAACUUCAUAGUUCGCACGACAGCAAGUGCCGACGAAACGAGAGAUAUCGUCGGCACGCGGGCCGCAGCGUGGGGAAGAAAACCCGGAGCUCUGGACUACGAUAUCUAUUAUGCCACCGACAAUUCGGGUUUCUACGUCGGAGAAUUGGACGGGAAACCGAUUGGGUGCAUGAUGGCGGUCAAAUUUUCUAAAAAUUUCGCCUUCCUCGGAAAUUUUAUGGUUGAUGAGCCCUACCGUGGCCAGGGCUUUGGUUCCACAAUAUUCCAGACGGGGAUUGCAUCUUUGCCACAAGAAUGUAAUUUUGUUUGUGAUAUCCACGAAGAGAAGAUCCCGCUAUUCGAGACACGAUAUGGGUACACAUUAGCAUGGAAGGCCAAACGUGUUAGUGUCAUUGCAUCAUCGGCAUUCGAUUCCAACUCCCCUUCAGUUAAAAUUUUCAGUGCCAAUGAAAUACCCUUGGCAAAAAUUUUGGCCUACGAUACCAGAUUUUUUAACUUUGACCGUCACUUGUUCCUAGAAAAAUGGAUUUCUGCCCCAAACUGCCAUUCCUUUGCAGCCAUUGACUCCAGUGGAUCGGUAGUAGGCUACUCGGUGGUACGUUCUACUCUUUGGAAAGAAAACGGAUGGAGGAUAAGUCCACUCUAUGCUGACAACGCUGAAAUAGCUCAUAGUCUCUACCAGGCUAUUUUCAACAAAGUUGCCUCUGAAGAUGGUCCAGCACAAGUAACAUUUGACGUUCCUUGCAUCGACAAGGAUAAUUUCGCCUCUUUACAACUUGCCCAUAAACUGUCUGCAAAAAUAGAUGAACACAUAGCAAGACAGUUUAGGUAUCAGGUUCCAUCAAACUUGCCACUUAGUGAAAUUUUUGUGACGUAG